AUGACCGAAAGGGAAGAGAUUAUUACCCCGAUGAGAGAAGGCGAAGGUCACGGACUCGCAAUCGACGACGGAGAAGGUCCGAAAGUUUGGAUAAGCAGAGCUACAGACAACAUGAAGAACGCAGAUCGCGGUCACCUCGCUCACAGACCUCACCGGAGCGACUUACACGCCAACGCAUUCAACUCCGCUAAAGACGGCCCAUCGCCACCACCACUCGAAAAGCAGAAACCAAACUUCCGUCCAUCUGGUCUUCUAGCCGCAGCCUCAAACACGGUCUCAACGUCAACUGGCGCCGUGGUGCUUAAAUACCAUGAGCCGCCCGAAGCUCGAAAGCCCCCUUCUUCUCAACCCUGGAGGCUGUACAUCUUCAAAGGCGAAUCCAUUGUCGACACGCUGGGUUUGUAUUCCCAAUCUUGCUGGCUCUUUGGCAGAGAAGCGUCUGUUUGCGAUUGCGUUCUUGAACAUCCCAGUUGCUCCAAACAACAUGCCGUCAUUCAAUUUCGGCAUGUCGAGGGAAGUAAUGAGCUCGGUGACAGGAUCGGAAAAGUGAAGCCGUACGUGAUUGAUCUGGAGAGCGCCAAUGGCACAACUGUCAACGAUGAAGCUGUGCCGGAGGGAAGAUUCGUCGAGCUGCGGAACAAAGAUAUAAUCAAGUUCGGCCAUUCCACCAGAGAGUAUGUCAUGCAGAUGGCUGCUUGA